AUGUCAUUCAUCAAAACUUCUCCAAUAUCAUUAGAUCUAAUUACAGAAGUUUUAGAAUAUUUUAAAAUAUCUAUUUCCACUGAUGAAUUAUUAAAAGCAAAGACACAGGACAUUGAAGACCUAAAGAAGUUCUUUUUAAAUUCAAUCGAAUUCUUUCUUGAAUCCAAAUGGGAAUUGAUUAAAGAUUCAGAUUUUCCACAAGUCAUUAGAGAAUUUCUAUUUGAACACUGUUACAAAUCUUACAGUAGAUUUAGCCCAUUAAUUAUGUUGAAAUAUUCACAAAUUGUUGCACUUUAUUUCUUAUUAACUCAAGAUUUCAACGCCGCUCUUCAAUUCUUACGAACUAAAGAAUCUAGGUACAUUGUGAAAGAUGUAGUCAACUGUAUGCUUAAGAAAAUGGCAAUAGAACCUAAAUAUAAAUCAACCAAAAUCUUAUUCCUUGAAAAUGACGAAGCAAGAGAAUUUUUCAUCACUACAGCUCACGAUAACCUCGAAUUCAAUCCCGAUAUUGGCACAUCAUCAUUUGAAUACAUUGCAACAAUUUAUCCAAAUAAUUCCUGGAUAAACGAAGAAAUACUGAGAGAAAUCUGUUCCUAUCUAAAGGACUGGCAUGCAUACAGUCAUAUCAUUAAUAUUUUCGCUCAAUUACUGUUAAAAACUCCAGAUAAUUCCACAAAAAAUCAAAUUAUUACAAAUUACUUCACAGUUGAGUCAUUACAAGGUUUGUUAGAAGAUCUAUCGAAGAACUCAGACCAGAAUACGCAGAUAACGGUCGUAAACGCCUUCAUGAAAGGAAUUUAUUUGAUAUAUCUUUACACAGAGAACUCCGAUUUAGUUGGCUAUGCUAUAGAACGAAUCCAAUCAUCAUUAGUAUACGCGAGAGUUGCCUGCCAUAUCCUUACUGCUUCGGCAUUUAUACAUCCAGAUUUAAUUAAGGAUUUAUCUGAGCCUGUGAUACAAUACAUGGUUGGAAUCACAUCUAAUCCAUCUGUAUAUACACUAGAGGAGCUAAUUAGCCGCUCAAAGACUUGUACACAGUUCUUUUCUUUGUUGAAUUUUUUGAAUCAGGAAUUUGCAACACAAUACUUCACAGAAGUGUUCUCAGAGAUAAAUGUAUCUGAUGCUGCAACUACCUGCUACCAAUUGAUCAUCGCAGACUUGAUUUUGAAGCAACAUAUUAAAUUUGAUAUUACAAAUUACGUAAUUAAUGAUUUUAGCCAAAUAAUGAACCUUGGAGAUGAUUUUGUUGCUUCUAAUGAGUAUCCGCACUAUAAUAAUCUCGUAUUAUACACAAGAUUAUUAAGUAAGUUCGUAAUCAACGAUUCGAACCAAGAAUUGACCAUUUCAUCCAAUAUUAUACAGAUACAUAUCAAUAUUUUGUCUUCUCUUGAAAAAGAUUUUCCAUCAAAAGUAAAUAGGAUCGUUAGCAAGUUCAUUUUGCAGAAAUUGCUUCAGUUCGAUGCAAUUUCACAGAUUCUGAACCAAAAUGAAGAGUUAAUUAACUGGUCCGUCACGAAAUUGGACUUGGAUUUCACAAGAAUAGCUUCCACGAUAGCUAUUGCCUACAAAUCGCCUGAGAUCAUUAAUAACAUCCUUGAAGCGUAUUUUGAUAUGCUCAAUGACCCCGAAAAUACCGAUAAAGACAAAAUUUGUUUGAAUAUGUGCGAAUUUCUUACAAAUAUGUCCGAUUACAACUUCGGGGACCAAUUAGAAGCAAUCGUACAGAUGGUAAACAUCGUCAGACAGAACAUUGUCGGCUAUGUUCAAACAGAUACGACAGGAUUGAUGUUUGGCGAAUAUAUAAAGCUCCUAAAAAUUGUUUUAGGAGGUCCUUCAUUCGAUGAGAACCGAAUCCAGUCAUUUAUCGAAGAGACAAAUAAUUUCAUCGAAUCUGGAUUGCACUGGAGCGUCGAAACAGUGGAUGGAUACUUCCAAAACUUGAAUAUGCUGAAUAAUUAUUUCUUAAAAUCUAAGAAUAUUAAUUCAGAAAGCGCAGAAUUCGUAAUUAAACUUAUUAAAUUCGGAUUCGCACAAUUAGUGUAUUCCUUCCAGGAAAUAUUCGCUCCUUCGCACUCCAAGGAUUAUAGUUCUAGGUAUAUAAGGAACGCAGUAAGGAAUUUGAGGCUUUCUUUGUUAUAUUAUAUCAAAUUAAACAAAGAUAUACCUCAAAUGCCAAGAUUAGAGGUAGAAUUCAUAGGAGAGAUGAUUGUUUGGGGUAAUAGUAUCCUCGAAAACUAUAAUUUGAACCUAAAAACAACAAAACAUUUUACAAAAUUUGUUGCAACGUUAACUAGCUUCAAUAAUGAAGAAUACAUGAAUCUGUUUGUAUCAAAGGUGUUCGAUUUCGCGAUACAUAACAAUUUCGAUCCAAAUGCAGGUAGAUGUAUCUAUUUCUUGAACCAAAUCGUUCCUUAUAUAUUUACAAACGAUAAUUCUCCUUUCAAAUUGAAUCCUUCGAAGUUUCUCGACGCCCUGUCUGAAGAAGAAGGUCCAAGAAUCGCAUUUGGCGAACAAGCCCUGAUUUACUUAAUUGAGAACUUGAAGAAUGCGCUAAACAUUACUGAUCCUGCAGUGCAAAAGAUGGAAAUUAACAUAAGAGUUCGUAUUGCUCUUAAUAUCGCUUAUAAGAAUAAUAUUUAUCGUAUGUAA